UUUAUUUCUGUAUUUUGGUAUUCUGGGUCAGCGCGCCUUUUAUUCCGCGUCCGAGAGCCCCUGGGUCCUACACACAAUACUUUACAAGAAGUCACAUGAGGGAGAAUCGAAAGGUAAACAUCGACAUUUCUUCUUUGAUCACGAGAUAUUUUUUAAUUUUGGAUGGCUAUGAAUGAAGGACUAAGCGUUAACAACUACAGUCUUAUUCCAUCUGACGGAUCGAUGAUGACUUUUACAGGGGAACCGCCUGAUGAAGGGAAAGUCGAAGAUGGGCUGCAAACCAACAAGUUGUCUAUGUUCUUUGGCGUCAUAGUUCCUGUCACAUUAUCCAUGUUUUCUGUUAUUCUUUUUCUACGACUUGGCUUUGUAGUUGGUCAGGCUGGGCUUCUUCUAGGAGUUGGACUUUUCAUUGUUGCUUAUUUAGCUGUCAGCAUCACUGUGCUUUCAAUCUCUGCAAUCGCUACUAAUGGAGUUGUGAAAGGAGGAGGAGCUUAUUACAUGAUCAGUAGAACACUUGGUCCAGAAUUCGGUGGUGCAAUAGGAAUUAUUUUCUUCUUUGCCAAUGUUUUUGCAAGUGCCCUCUAUGUAUUAGGUUUUGUGGAGGCCUUGCUUAACAAUUUUGGACCCAGAGGAUCUCUAGCACAUAUAGAAAGUUUUCAUCAAGGCUACUGGUAUCAGUUCCUUUAUGGUUCUGCCAUCUUGAUGCUCUGUCUGGCUGUCUGCAUGAUUGGAGCAGGAAUGUUUGCCAAGACAUCCUUUGUUAUCUUUCUUGCUGUCAUGGUCUCUGUUUCUGCUGCUCUUAUAAGUUUUAUCAUUCACGAUAGGAAUGAUGAAUUACAUCCUGCCAGUGCAAACCCUCUUAGUCACAAUAAGAGUAUCAGGUUCAGCUACACAGGUUGGAGUUUCAAGACAGCUAAGUCUAAUCUAUGGCCAAAAUUUACAAAGGAUUAUACUAAAGAUGAACAUUCGGAACAGACAUGGUUACAAGUGUUUGCAAUUCUUUUUAAUGGAGUGACAGGAAUUAUGGCUGGAGCAAACAUGUCAGGAGAUCUCAAGUCCCCAGGGAAGGCUAUCCCCUAUGGGACUCUAACUGCUUGCCUGGGCACAUUUGUGGUCUAUGUUAUACUAGUGAUAUGUACAGGGUUCACUUGCUCCAGGGAGCUACUUGUAGAAAACUACAAUUACCUCCAGGUUAUUGACAACGUGCGAGUUCUUAUAACAAUAGGAGUGUUUGCAUCAACUUUGUCUGCUGCUCUGAGCUGCCUUAUUGGUGCAUCAAGGAUUCUUCAUGCCAUCGCAAAAGAUCAGUUGCUUGGGGUUAUUUUGAAGCCAUUUGCUGCUGGAUUUGGAAGAAAUAACGAACCUCUGAAUGCUGUUCUCUUGUCCUGGUUUUUCGUGGAGAUCAUCCUCUUCAUUGGAAACCUCAACACCGUCGCACCACUUGUCAGUAUGUUUUUUCUGCUCUGUUAUGGAGUCACGAACAUGGCUUGUUUUGUUCUCAAGGUCGCUUCAGCACCCAACUUUCGUCCAACGUUUAAAUAUUUCUCCUGGCAGACAGCAUUUCUAGGCACAGUUUUUUGCUUCGUGAUCAUGUUUGCCAUCAAUCCGCUCUACGCCACCAUCUCAAUAGCUGUAAUGUUUAUCCUGUUCAUUAUCAUAUCACUCCGAGCUCCACCUACACCUUGGGGAGACGUGUCGCAAGCUUUAAUCUACCACCAGGUUCGCAAGUAUUUGCUUCGCCUGGACGUGCGGAAAGAACACGUGAAGUUUUGGAGGCCGCAAGUUCUGCUUCUCGUGUCUAAUCCCCGCUCCAGCUACAACCUCAUCGACUUCGUCAAUGAUAUCAAGAAGAGCGGUCUGUACAUCCUCGGCCAUGUGCAAGUAGGCGAAUUCAACUCCGACUCGAUUUGUCAACAAAAGAAUGAUACAGGGACCUGGUUGAACUUCGUGGACUGCGCAGAGAUCAAGUCAUUUGUUGAGUUGACUAUCGCAUCCUCUAUCCGUCAGGGCGUUCAGCACUUACUCCUGACGUCAGGACUUGGUGGUAUGCGGCCCAACACUGUUUUCCUAGGGUUCUUCGAUCACAGCAUUCCUAAGGAUUCUCUUGCACGAGGCGUCCAUAGAAGAACGAAGACGUUUUUGAACAGAGCAGAGAAAGAACGGCAGUUUAUUCAAGCGCAGGCAGAUCUUCCGAGGCUACGAGUGUCGCCUGAAGACCAGACUAUGACUCUCCAUGAUUACGUGGGGGUUAUCAAGGAUGCAAUGCACAUCGGUAAAAACGUUUGCGUCACAAGAAAUUUUGAGAAUCUUCACAAGAGUGCAAUUACCGAGGGAAGUUAUAUUGAUGUCUGGCCCGUGAAUGCUUCUGCCGUGAAAGAAGGCAUGCUCCUUGGGCCGUACGACUUCACCUAUCUACUAAUACUCCAGUUGAGCUGCGUGCUGCACAUGGUGCCUUUCUGGGAGAAGAAGACAACUUUACGGGUCAUGACUGUAAUCGGAGAAAAUGAAGUUGCAGAGGAGGAAAGUUUAAAAAGACUGCUCAGAGAAUUGAGAAUCCCUGCAGAAGUUCAUAUGAUUCGGGCGUCAGAUGAGGAGCCGCGUACAAGGAAUGCUGAUGGCUUGAACCCGGCAAUUAACUGGUACAAGUCUGUCAAUCAGUUAAUAAGGCUACACUCCAGUGAAGCAUGUGUGGUCUUCACAGGUCUUCCCCACCCCGCUAUUGAUGAUAACAUGGUGGAGCAGUUUAUUCAAGAGCUUGACAUUUUAUCAGCCAAUCUCCCACCAGUUGUCAUGGUCUACGGCAGAUCACCUGUUGUCUACACUUCACUAUAACCCUUUUUUUGUAAUUAGUUUUUUUUUUUUCUAUCGUAACCCCAUUUACGUUGCUGACGUGGCUUUUAUAGAUCCCACGUGGUAACCUGUCUAGUUUGGGAUGCUUUGAUGCCGAUUUUUAGAUUAUUCCUAUUCACAUCAAAUUUGAAAGGAUAAAGGAAUGGUCAGUUUUUCAAUUUGUAGCCCACAAGACAAUUUGUUAUCGCUCUGAAUUUAUAGUGUAAUUAUCGACUUUGUGUGCUACUUAUGAACUUACCAAUAUUUUCUUUAUAGACUAGGCAAUAUCGGUCCAGACUUAAUACAUUUCUUGUAUAAUUGCCAAGCUCAAAGUCCCUUUCCACAUUUGCAAGGCCGCACUUGUCUCAUAUACGCGAGUUGUGCUGCAUUACCAGGAGUCUGCCUGCUUGUCAGCAUUCCCUGCCUCGUACCCAGGCGCUUACUAGCGUGACCGGAGCCUUUUGUCCUUUGCGCCAGCGCUAAACCUUCCCAUGGUACAUUGCGAUCACUAGUCUCGAAUUGCUUUCCGCGGCAGUGGUAUAUUUCAAUUGUUUUGCUGACUUAAAAGGCCUGGGUACUAGGUGGCAGCAUUCCUAUUUUAUUCUCCAAGAUUUUACGUACCGAAGCAAUGCCGAAGCUGUAACUUUUUAUGAGGGAGGGGGUUAUUUCUUAUAUAUUAUAGAUGGGCAGAAGUUUUUUUUUUUUUUUUUGUAGUUGUGGAUCGGGAAGGGGAGGAUUAAGUUUAUGCGCUGUAUACACACAUAAGAAAAAAAACAAUUGAAAGAAAAAAGUGUAAGAAAAAAUACUCCAAACACAUUGUAAACAUUAUAAUGAUCUGUUGUCUGAACCAUAAGCAAAACACAAUCUUUUCUUAGAGGACGAAAGUUCUCGUUCUGUUCUCGCUACUCGUCACCCAGACCUCGACGCCCUGGGUUCCCAAGAAUGCCAUAGGUUGUAAAUAUUUUUUUUUCCUAUCUAUAUAUCUUGGUAUGGUGCCUCUUGCAUAAGUUAUGAAUUUAAGAAUGAAUAAAGUGAGUUGCCUAGGUGAUCAACGCCGAAAAA